UCAAAAGAAAAGAAACAAGAAGAGAAGGGAAAAAGGAGAAGGGAGGGAGGGAGGAAAGGAGGAAGGGAAAGAAAAAGAAAAGAGUGAAACAGCCCAUGGGACUUAUGGGACACUACUAAGUGAAUACUCACUCACAUUAUGGGAUAUUCAGAUGGAGAAGAGACAAAGAUAAGGACAGAAAACUUAUUUAAUGAAAUAAUGCCUGAAAUUUCCCAAGUAUUGGAAGAUAUAUGGGCAUCAGAUUCAUGAAGCUUGAAAAUCUCGAAACAGAUUUAAUGCAAUGAGGUACUCUCCAACGUAUAUUAUAAUUAGUCUGUCAGUCAAAGACAGAGAGUUUUAAAAGCAACAAAAGUCACAUAUAAGCAUCAAGUCACAUAUAAGGGAAUCCCCAUUAGACUAUUAGAUAUCUCCAUAGAAACCAUGCAGGACAGGAGAGAACGGAAUAAUAUAGUCAAAGUGCUGAAAGAAAAAAACUGCUAGUCAAAAAUACUACACUCAGAAAAACUGACCUUCAGAAAUUAAGGAGAAAUAAAGUCUUUCCCAGACAAGCAAAGGCUGAGAGAAUUUAUCACCACUAGACCUGUACAGUCCUGAGUUCACCACCUAUGAGUUCUACAUGGCCUAUGCAGACUAUCACAAUCUCACGGAAACCACAGAGAAGCUGGUUUCAGGGAUGGUGAAGCAUAUUACAGGCAGUUACAAGGUCAACUACCACCCAGAUGGUCCAUAGGGCCAGGCCUAUGAUACUGACUUCACCCCACCCUUCCAGAGAAUCAGCAUGGUAGAAGAACUUGAGGAAGCACGGGGGGUAAUGCUGCCAGAAACUAACCUCUUUGAAACUGAUGAAACUCACAAAAUUCUUAAUAAUAUUUGUGUGGCUGAAGCUAUUGCAUACCCCCCACAUUGGACCACAGCCAGGCUCUUUGACAAGCUUGUGGGGAAGUUUCUGGAGGGGACUGGCAUCAAUCCUACAUUAAUCUGUGAUCAUCCACAGAUAAUGAGUCCUAUGGCUAAAUGGCACUCCUCUAAAGAGAAUCUGACAGAGCACUUGGAGCUGCUUGUCAUGAAGAAAGAGAUAUGCAAUGCCUACACUGAGCUGAAUGAUCCUCUGCCACAGCAGCAGCUUUUUGAAGGACAGGCCAAGGCCAAGGCCACAGGUGAUGAUGAGGCCAUGUUCAUAGAUGAAAACUUCUGUACUACCCUGGAAUAUGUACAGGCAUGGGCAUUGACUGAGUUACCAUUUUUCUCAACAGAUUCCAACAACGUCAAGGAAGUACUACUAUUUCCUUCUAUUUUCUGCUAUUAAACCCAAAGACAAGAAGGAUAAUGUGGCAACCACGAUAUACUAUAAAGCACAACAGCUGGCACUUCUGUCUAGAAAGUGACAGUUGCAAGUUAUAUAAGUCAAGCAUCUUUGCAUUUCUGUAAAAGAUCAAGGUCUGCCAGGUAAUUAUUGUGUGUUGCUUUCCAUUUGACUACCACAGUUCAAUUCAGCCAUCAGAAGACAGAAAAGGAAUUAAGGAUUUCUUUUUAUUCCUUGUUACCAAAUAAACAAUCAAUUUGUCUCUUCUCUUCAAAAAAAAAAAAAAAAAAAAAAAAAAACUAUGAGAUGUUUUAUGUAAGCCUCAUGGUAAGCUUCAACAAAAGUAUAGCAGAUACAAAAACAAUACAGAGAAAGAAAUCAUAGUGCUACAGAAAAUGAUCAAAUCACAGAGGGUAACAAUAGAGAAAGAAAGGAACAAAGGAUCUACAAAAUAGCCAGAAAACAAAUAACACAAUGGAAAUAGUGAGUCCUUACCUAUGAAUAAUUAUCUUGAAUGUGAAUAAAUUCUCUAAGAGGGGCUACAUGGAUUUAAAAAAAAAAGCGGGGGGUGGGGGGAUUCAAUUAUAUGCUGCCUACAAGAGACUCACUUUAGCUUUAAGGACAGACAGGCCAAAUGUGAAGGGAUGGAAGAAGAUAAGAUAUGCUAUGAAAAUAGUAAACAAAAGAGAGCAUGAAUGGCUAUACUAACAACUAAUAAAAUAGACUACAAGUCAAAUUCUGUCACAAGAGACAAAGAAGGUCAUUAUUUAAUAUAUAUAUACGCCCAACAUUGUAGCACCUAAAUACGUUAAAGCAAAUAUUAAUGGACAUGAAGAAAGAAAUAGAGAGCAAUACAAUAAUAGUAGAGGACUUCAAUCUUCAAUUUUCAAGGAUAUAUCAACCAGACAGAAAAUUGAUAAGGAAAUACUGAAUUUAAAUUGCACCUUAGACCAAAUGAACCUAACAGACAUAUUUGAAAUUUUACAUCCAACAUCAGCAGGAUACACAUAUAUCUCUAGCACACAUAAAGCAGUCUCCAAAAUUGUCUACAUUAGGCCAGAAAACAAGUCUCAACAAAUUUAGAAAACUGAAAUCAUAGCUAGUAUCAUUUCAGGCCUUAAUGAAACUAGAAAACAGUAACAGGAAGAAUCCUGGAAAAUUUACACAUAUGUGGAAAUUAAACAACAUGUUCUUGAACAACCAAUGGGCCAAGAAGAAAUCAAAAGGGAAAUUUUAAAAUAUCUUGAGACAAAUGACAAUGGAAACACAACAUGCCAAAACCUGUGGGAUACAGCAAAAGCAGUUCUAAGAGUGAAGUGUGUAGCGAUAGAUGCCUCCAUUAAAAAAGAUUCUGAAUAGUUUAACAUUCUGCCUUAAUAACUAGAAAAAAAGAACAAACUAAACCCAAAGACAACAGAAGAAAGGAAAGAAAGAACAUAACAGAAAUAAAUAGAGAACAGAAAAAC